AUGGACUUCUUUCUGCUAGAUGCUGUUAGAACGCUUGACCUUCGAAACAAUGCAAAUAUGGCCUCCAUCAAUGAGGCUGGUGGCAUGCCAUGGUUCACUGCACAAGAUCCAAACACAAGAGUUAGAGAGUUACCACACCAGUCUUUCACAUGUCCCGCAUUCAAACUCAACAAUACCAACAAUGGUUUCCUCCUUGUCAACAGUUCUUACUACCAUCACAUCUACUGCACAUGUGACCCGGGCUUUUAUGGUUACAGAGGAGAGUGCUUGACCUGUCCAGCUGAAGGAAAAUGUAAAGGAAGAGAGACAAAUUCUGUUAUUGAAAUGCCAGUCAACUACUACCCAUCAACUUCAAAGCAAAACAUGACUGCUUUUGUUCAAUGCAGUUGGUUCUAUCAAAAUACUUUCCGCUGUAACCCAAAGGGAAACUGUACUUGCCAGCUCUCUAGUAAUGGAACCACAUGUGACAGCCACUGCACAUGUGCAUACAACUCUACAAGCCGCCUGUGCUCACAAUGCAUUCCCAAUUUCUAUAGAGAGGCUGACAUCUGCCUGCCCUGCAGUGACAAUAACUUAACCACAAUCGUUGUCAUUGCUGCAACUAUACUGAUAAUACUUCUCACGGUAUGGUUGCUUGGGAGAAUAAAGCCGAACUGCAUAUCUCCAACAGUACUGAAAGCAUUCAACAUCAGUGCGAUGAUCUUCCAAAUUGGUCUGGUAACAUCACUCGGUAUAACAAAGAUUAUCUCUACCUAUGUGGCUGAACUUUACAUAUUUGUAGUCAUUUUUGCUAUGUUUGAUUAUCUUGCAAACAUUAAAGUAUUCGCUGUCAUCCUUUUAGUGUACUUUCAAGUGCUCAACUCGCUCAAUGUCUCUUCACAAUCAGUUGACUGUCAACACUGUUCAUUCGCCAACUUUCUCAAUAAACGUGUGAUUGCAAAAGUUAUACAAACUGCCAAUUUCGAUUUUAAUGGCAUUAGUUGCACUUUUCAAUUCCUCACAUCUCCAUUUGGAAAGCUUGCAGCUCUAGCAGUAGCUCCAUUGGCACUGGGCAUUAUCAUCAUUGUUGGCCGGCUCAUAGACUAUUAUUUGCUUGCUCGCUUGUGCACAAGAAGUAAUGAAAAUGAAAUUAAAGAGCAUCACCAAACAAUGACCAACAACUCUAAGUCGAAUAUCAUAUUCUUGUUAAACAUCUUUUACUACCCAAUAGCACAUGCUGCAAUCAAAGCUCUCCUUCCAUGUGAAAGAGCACCAGGAGGCACGCAAGACUACAUGACAGCAUAUCCUUGGAUCAACUGCAGCUCAAAUGACUACACUAAGCUAGUCAUUCUUGGGGGCCUGGUCACUGCACUAUACGUCUGUCUUAUUCCUAUUGUCUUCUUGGUGCUUCUCAGAAAGUAUGCUUCAAAGAAACAGGAAAAAGAGGAAGAAAUUGAAAUACUCUCGACAACCAAAAGCAUUGGUGAAGAAGAAGAAGCCAAAUGGUUACACAGUCUUUGCUCAAACUACAAGACGAAGUAUCGGACAUGGUUGCCAAUUAUUCUCAUGCUUCGCCGACUGCUCAUUGCUAUCAUUUUGGCAUCAUUCAAGCAAGACCAAGCUGAUGCACAAGCUUUUGUUCUCACUAUUCUCUUGGCAGCCUCAAUCACCAUUAUCACUGUGCUACGCCCAUACCAGAACACAACACCGUGGCAACUGGAGAAUGCAGCAGAUGUUGGAGCAUUUGUCGUUAUUCUGUAA